AUGUCUUCAGAUUCCCCAGCCGGCGACGCAACCAACAACACUACCACAGAAGCACCCCAGACUCCUAGGAAAAAGCCCUCGAAACUCGGAGGCCAGAGCAAGAAUAACGAGAUCGAAAAGGCUCCAGCGCCUCAAGCAUCCCAAACAUCGGACGAUGACGGCGGAGACACCGAACUAGAAGCCACCAUCGCAAAACCCAGAAAGGGCCGUCGCAUGGUUCCUGUCCACCAAUCGCGCAUCGCGGACCGACCCGUGAAAGAAGGCGAAAAGGACAGUUCGCUCAAGAUCAAGAUCGAGCUAGAUCUUGAAGUCGAGGUCGAGAUUUAUGCGCGCGUCAAGGGAGACGUGACGAUUGGUUUACUGUAA